AAGAAAGGCAUAAUUAGUCUAGACCUAAUUUCUGACCUUAUUGAGUUAGUUAGUGAGAAUCACAGAGGAGUAAAGGAAGCAAUUUUGCCUCAUUGAGUGAAUACUACUUACUUAUAUACACAUUCAUUCUUCAACAAACAUUUUAGUUUAUUUUUUCUCUCUUUGAUCAAAUUCCCUUCCCAUGGUCUCUCUCUCUUCAAUUAAUUCCAUUUAGCUUUCCCCAAAUCCCAAACCCUUUUUCGCUUAGAUCCCAAUCCAAUUGGGUUAUGGACAUGGCUUCCAGUCCCCGCACCGUAGAAGAGAUCUUCAAGGAUUACAGCGCCAGAAGAACCUCUGUUAUUCGCGCUCUCACUCACGACGUUGAUGAAUUUUACGGCCUCUGUGAUCCAGAUAAGGAUAACCUGUGCCUCUAUGGACAUCCAAAUGAGGCCUGGGAAGUAACUCUGCCAGCGGAGGAAGUUCCGCCAGAGCUCCCGGAGCCGGCUCUUGGAAUCAAUUUUGCUAGGGAUGGCAUGAACCGCAGGGACUGGCUUUCUCUGGUUGCUGUCCACAGUGAUUCAUGGUUGGUUUCUGUGGCCUUUUACCUUGGGGCUCGUCUUAACCGCAAUGAAAGGAAACGAUUAUUUAGCUUGAUCAAUGAUCUUCCAUCUGUUUUUGAAGUUGUGACUGACAGGAAACCAGUUAAGGACAAGCCAACUGCGGAUAGUGGAAGCAAGUCUAGGGGAAGUGCCAAGAGAUCUAGCGAUGGGCAAGUUAAAAGCAACCCAAAGUUUGUAGAUGAGGGUUAUGAGGAGGAUGAAGAUGAGCAUAAUGAAACACUUUGUGGAAGCUGCGGCGGAAAUUACAACGCUGAUGAGUUUUGGAUUUGCUGUGACAUAUGUGAGAGGUGGUUCCAUGGGAAGUGUGUUAAGAUUACCCCUGCAAAGGCUGAGAGCAUAAAGCAAUAUAAAUGUCCAUCAUGCAGCCUGAGGCGGGGCAGGCCUUAGACUGAAAGAGGCGAUGGAAUGGGUACAUGUGAGGUGAGUGUUGUUUCAUGGCUGACAAGAUACUGUAAUUUUGUUACAUCACUUACAGAAGUUAAUGUAAUGGGCAUAGUAUCGAUGCUCAAGGGCAAAUUUAUCAGGGAUUAAGUUUGUUUUUCCAGAUGAACCAUUGGUGCAUGCCACAGGGUAUAGAAUAGAACAUGACAAAUUUUAAUUUUAUGAUUAGUUUAUAUUUAGUAGAAUAUUUGCUUGAACUUUAAAUAUUGUAAUUUUUUUAUUUUUAACAUUGUUUAAGAAAACAAACCUUUUCAACAGAUUAUUCUAAUUGAACUUUCA